AAGAAAAGAAAUAAAUAAAAAUCACAAGCCAGAAAAAAAAAGACACUAUGGAAGAUUCUCCGAGUUACAUUUUUCUCCAAAGGUAAACCCCAGAACCCCAGAAACACAAACACAAACAGUGAAUGAAUGGGGGAACAAGAAGAAGAAGAAGCAGCUUCAGAGCAGCAGCAGCAGCUCAUUAGAGAAUCAGCGGAGUUGGAAACCCCAACUGAAGUUGUAGAAGAAACAGCAGCAGACAAACCGUCGGAGGAGCCUUACCGUUGGCCAGUUAUUCAGUAUGAUGUUCCCCCAUAUCGAACUUAUCAUUUCUUCAAACAGUUCAGGACUCCUUCUAAUCCUAACAAUUUCUUAAAGGGUGUCAAAUGGUCUCCAGAUGGUUCCUGCUUCCUCGCUUGCUCUGAUGAUAAUACCUUUUCUUUAUAUAACUUGCCAUAUGAUGAAAGUGGAGGGCUUGCUGAUUUCUCUUCAUCAGAUGCUGAUACAGAUUCUUAUGCUGCAAGCCUUUUCAUGAGUGACGGGGAGUCUGUAUAUGACUAUUGCUGGUAUCCCUAUAUGUCUUCUUCAAGUCCCGAGACAUGUGUUUUUGCAAGUACUACCCGUGAUCACCCUAUUCAUCUCUGGGACGCUAGUACUGGAGAGUUACGCUGUACAUACCGUGCUUAUGAUGCCAUGGACGAGAUCACUGCCGCCUUUUCAAUUGCCUUCAACCCCGCAGGGACUAAGAUAUUUGCUGGUUAUAACAAAUCCAUAAGAAUAUUUGAUAUUCAUCGGCCUGGCCGAGAUUUUACCCAGCACUCCACCCUUCGAGGAAAUAAAGAAGGGCAAUCAGGCAUUAUAUCCUCAAUUGCUUUCUGUCCAAGCCAUUCAGGAUUGCUGGCAACAGGCUCAUAUAGCCAAACUACUGCCAUACAUAGGGAAGAUAAUAUGGAACUUCUCUAUGUCUUGCAUGGUCAAGAAGGUGGGGUGACGCACGUCCAAUUCUCAAAAGACGGAAACUACCUGUACACUGGUGGCCGUAAGGACCCUUACAUACUGUGUUGGGACAUUCGGAAGACUGUUGACAUUGUUUACAAGAUGUAUAGAUCAUCAGAAACUACCAAUCAGCGGAUAUAUUUUGAUAUAGAACCCCAAGGUCAGCAUCUCGGCUCCGGGGGACAGGAUGGCUCAGUUCACAUUUAUAAUCUUCAAACUGGGCAGUGGGUAGCCAGCUUCCGAGCUGCAUCAGAUACAGUUAAUGGUUUUUCAUUUCAUCCUUUCCUGCCUAUGGCUGCUUCUUCAUCAGGCCAUCGGAGAUUUGGAGUUUUAGAUGACUCCAACGAUGAUGUGCUCCUUACUGGUGAUGAAAAUUGUGUUUCUGUGUGGAGCUUCUCCUAUUCAACAUCCUUUGAAAAUGCUGUUAGCCCCAAUUCGUGCGGCUCAAAUGGUAAAUCUGAGCUUGAUGAGGACCUUUGUCAAGAACUUUGAACCAUGUAUCAACUAUGUUUAAACUUAACUUAGCAUGGGGUGACAUCACCAUCAUUUACCAUCUUAAAAUACAACAAAUGCAGCAAAUCCAUACAAACUGUACAUGCACUAUUUAUGAAUGUAUGCACAUCUGCUCGAUCUGCUGCUUUAAAUAUUUUACCAGUUAUUAACUCA